AAAAAGAGAGAAACAGAACAGCGCAGAGUCGAGAUUUUUUUGUAUCAGGUUUAACAGGAAAAAAGGUGCAAAUUACAAUCAAUCUAGCAUAUUUUAUGUUAAAAUUGGCAUUAAAGUUACAACAAAACACAAGUAGUUUGCCAGUGCCAAAAGUGAUACAAAAUAGUUGUCAGUGUUGUGUGUUUUGCAGCCUUUUUUAAUCGAUUUUGUUUUCCCAAGGAUUCCCGUAGAUCGCAGCAUUUCAAUGAGUAAAAUGACAAAGAACAAACUCAAUCUAACGUUGCCUCCGGGCUCAGUGGAUGUACCGGCCGGCCAGGUAACAACCCCAACGCCGUCCUUCAAGACCCCAUCCGGUACGGAGUACGUCAUUGGAAAGCACAAUUUGCUGGGAAAGGCAAAGAACAGUAUCGAUGCGCUAACGGAAACACUAGAAGAGUUGGAAAUCGACGAGAAUGCCCGAAAGCGAAUAAAGGUUUUUCUCAGUCAGAAGGAAAAGAUUGGCGAGCUAAGCGACGAAGAUCUGGAGAAGCUAGGCGAGUUAGGAUCCGGUAAUGGUGGAGUUGUGAUGAAAGUUCGGCACAUUCCAACACAGCUGAUAAUGGCCCGUAAGCUGAUUCAUUUAGAGGUAAAGCCAGCCAUCAAGAAGCAAAUUAUUCGGGAGCUGAAGGUCUUGCACGAUUGCAACUUUCCGCAUAUUGUUGGUUUCUAUGGGGCGUUCUACAGUGACGGAGAAAUUAGCAUCUGUAUGGAGUACAUGGAUGGCGGUUCACUGGAUUUAAUUUUGAAACGAGCAGGGCGAAUUCCAGAACCAAUUUUAGCCAAAAUAACGUGCGCCGUACUUAAAGGGUUGAGUUAUCUGCGGGACAAGCACGCUAUUAUGCAUCGAGAUGUGAAGCCAAGUAAUAUCCUGGUGAACAGCAGCGGAGAGAUUAAGAUUUGUGAUUUCGGUGUGUCCGGACAGCUGAUUGAUUCGAUGGCAAACUCGUUCGUGGGUACCAGGAGUUAUAUGUCGCCGGAACGUCUUCAAGGUACUCACUAUUCGGUUCAAUCGGACAUCUGGUCGCUAGGGCUGUCUUUGGUGGAAAUGGCUAUCGGAAUGUAUCCAAUUCCGCCUCCAGAUGCAAAAAUGUUGGACUACAUUUUCCACGAAAAAGGAGACGACAGUUCGCCCGGUCAGAAUAUUAUUGAACCUAAACCGAUGGCUAUUUUUGAACUGCUAGACUACAUUGUCAAUGAACCUCCACCCAAGCUGGAACACCACUCGUUCACCGAUCGGUUCAAGGACUUUGUUGAUCGUUGCUUGAAGAAGAAUCCGGAAGAACGAGCGGAUUUAAAAACGUUAAUUAACCACGACUGGAUCAAGAACAUCGAGCAAGAGGACGUGGACAUUGCCGGGUGGGUUUGUAAAACGAUGGAUCUGCUACCCUCUACCCCAAAGAGGAAUGCGUCACCGAACUAAGAACUUGUAAUCGUUAGAUUACGAACUAAGAACUAGUUACUGUGCUAAACAGAAAGGAACACCCAUAAUUUACAUCGGUUUGGCGUGGUCUCAUAAGUGUGUAACUUGCUGUCUUUAUUCGUCGUGUAGGUUAAGUGCGAUGGUUCCAUGGGAAUCUCGAUAAAGUUUCCAAUUUACGAUUUCUCUUUUUGGAAAUUAGAAACAUACACACACACAUGAUAAUAUUAAUAACAUUAUUCUUAAACUGUAAAAAUGAGCGAGUGAUUGCAAGUGAGAUUUUUGUUUUUAUCUUUUCAACGUUUUUGUUUCGCCUAGGUUUUAAAUUGUAUAAAUUGUCUACGGUGUAGAUGUUUUAUUGUUUGAGGCAGAAUGUUUUAUGUUGCAAUAGAUUCAAUAGCAUAUUAGAUAAUAUUUUGUUAAUAGAAUUGUAUGUUUCUCCAACAACUCGGCAAACCAUAGAUUUGUAACAUCUCAUGUUAUAUUAUUUUUUAAAUUUUUAGAGGAUGAGUACAACUUCACCUUCGCAUUAAUCAACGGAAAUUUUACAAAAACUGUGCACUGAAAUGAAAAAAGGAAUAUGUAUCUUACAACUAAUACAAUGUAACAACGCAUUCCGCAACUAACAAAUUAUAGGCAAUAUAUCAAAACAUGGUCUUUAGGCAAAGUAUGAAAGGCACAGGGGUGGAUAACCUUGUGAGAGUUUAUACACAGACACACCCUGUGCACAGUGAAGCUAUCCUGUGUAGUUAAGCAUACUCAUUCCGAUAAAUUGAAAAUUCAUCGGAAAUGUCGACGAUUUCAUCUGUAUCGAAACAGGAGAAAAUUGGCAUGACUCAACCAGAGGCUCGUGCAUCAACUGUAUUAAAGUAUUUUAAACUACGAGUA